CUCUACUUCUAAACCCACAUCACCAUUAAUCCAUUAUAUUCUAUCAUUCCAUUCUCCAAGAUUACGCCAAUCUUGAGCAGAAAUCAGUAAGAUGAAAAACAAUAAUCUUGGCAGCCAUACCAAAUUUAUACUUCUUCACCCUCACAUUCAGAAACAGGGAGGAGGAUGUUCAGGCCGCGUUUGGCUGCUCGCUGCUUUUAUUUCGUUAUUCUCAGGCGCGUUCUUUCUCACCCUCUUCUACGCCCGAGAUUACAUCCUGAAACCCUCUGUUCCAGUCGUGUCCUCCACCAUCUCCGUCACCGGCGGCAAUCCUCCGAUCCCGAAAUCGGUGGCCAGGGCCCUUGUCUAUUACGCUUCCGAAUCCAACAGCACCGACCGGAUGUCGUACGCUGACAUCAAAUGGAUCUCUGACAUCCUCCGGCAGUGCUCUCCGCCGUGCAAUUUCCUCGUUUUCGGCCUCACUCACGAGACCCUUCUCUGGCAAGCUCUCAACAGCAAUGGCAAAACGGUGUUCAUCGACGAGAACAGAUACUACGCCGCCUACUUCGAGGAGAAAUACCCAGAAAUCGAAGCCUACGACGUUCAGUACACGACCAGAUUGAGCGAAUUCGAAGCUCUGAUUUCCGCCGUAAAACGGCAAUCUCGGAACGAGUGCCGGCCGGUGCAGAACCUUCUGUUCUCGGAGUGUAAGCUUGGGCUCAAUGAUCUCCCCAACAACUUAUAUGAAGUGGACUGGGAUGUGAUAUUGGUCGACGGGCCACGUGGGUACUGGCCGGAGGCGCCGGGGAGAAUGUCGGCGAUCUUCACCGCCGGCGUGCUUGCCCGGAGCAAAAAGGGCGGGAACCCGAAAACGCAUGUUCUUAUUCAUGAUUAUAAUCAGAGGGUGGACAAGAUGGUGAGUGAUGAGUUCUUGUGCAGGGAAAAUCUGGUGAAGUCGGAAGAGAUGAUUGGGCAUUUUGUGGUGGAGAAAAUGGAUUCCAACUGCUUCCAUUUCUGUCGCGCCCAUAACUCAACAUAAUCAUCCAUUCUCCACCAUAUCUCAUUUUCUUCUUUAAUAUUUACCAUAAAUCCAAAUGUUUGCUUUUUUAUUUUUCUGGUUUGGGUAAUAGCGGUGUACCCCAAACCGCCGUUUUUUUUGCAAUAAGAAAGGCUGCUUUUUGCAGCAGGUUGCUUCUAGGGAUGGACUCAACCGGCCCGGCACGCUACUGUGCGGGCCCGGACCGAGACCGAUUGGCCGGUUCCGGGCUUUUAGCCCGUUUGGGCGGGCCGGGCUCGGGUCCAGUUUUGGGCGAACCGCCCCGGGCGGUUCGGGCUGGGCCCGGGUCAUUUUUUUGUUUUUUCAAUUUUUUUUCUUUUCCUAGGGUAGGGCUGAGUGUUUUGGGUAGGUUUGGGGGUGGGGAGUGAGGGGGGGGGGGUCGGGGGAUAACAAGAAAGCAAAAAAAAAAAUUAGACAUUGAACCGGGUCCGGCCCGACCCGGGCCCGAUAUCAACCCGGGCCGGUUCCGCGCCCAAGGAUAUGCAAAAAAAGCCCGUCCGGGCCCAGCCCGGAACCGGAACCGGAUCGGCCCGGGUCCAUCCCUAGUUGCUUCCCAUCUGCCAAAAUACAAACACCACCAAUAAGGAGUAUACACGGUCAAUUCAUUCAGAAGCCCCAUAUUAGAUAGAAAACUAGCAGAAGUGUAUGUCAUAUGCAUAAAAACUGUGUAUAGGACGAAAAUAAGACGGUUAGAGAUUCAAUGAAAAAAACAAUCUCUUCUCUAUUUGAUUGUGUAAGGUGAGGUAGAUUACAACUUUCAUUUUGUUACAACUUUCUCAAAGUGAAAAUACAAGUUUAUUUUCUCUUCCUAAUUGAGUUUAUUUCUAAUCUCUAUGACUAUGUAUAAUAGUUUUUGUCCUAUUUAUCUUAGAGGGAGAAUUUCUUUGUUAAAAGAAAGAUUAUCUGCCUGUCAAAAGCUUUGUAUUUUGGUAAUAUUGAACUCUGAUUUUCAAAAA